UUCAGGUUUGUGUUAAGAUGGAGCAAUUUUCCUCUUUCUACUUAGAGAUAAGAACUUCUGCGCUGAGAGCGUGGUGGAUCUCAAGGGUCUGUUGCUUAAUCUUCUCCGCUAAACCCUUUGCCACGAGUCUAGAGAGCAUUUGCUUUCGGGUGGUGUAGGCUGUCUGUCUGGAGUCAUUACGCUGAUACAGCUGCUUUAAUCAUAGUCAGCAUUAACCAGAGCACUUCUAAUAUUGAGUCUCUCCCCUUUAAAAUCACGUCUCUCGUUUUUUUCCUGGCCCUUUUAUUGCCAUUUGUCUGGCAACUCCUCCGUUGCUCAGGCCCGUUGGGUGUACAGUGUGUGUUGCUUCCAACAUUUUUGAUGUCCCCAGGGUACCCAGUGGCUCUUGACAUCCCCCAAGGUUUGUAACUUUUCCAGUGAGCGGUUACUAAGGCUGCAUGUUGAUCCUAAUUGCAGCGUAUGUAGUCAUACUGUGCUUGCCAAUAGCAAAGGAGUUAAUAACUUGUUCUUUCUUUUUCAGGUCAACACACAACGAGAUGGAGAAGAACAGGCGUGCCCACCUGCGAUUGUGUUUGGAGAAGCUCAAAGGGCUGGUACCACUUGGACCUGAAUCCAGUAGACAUACUACCCUGAGUUUACUAAAAAAAGCUAAAUUGCACAUAAAGAAGCUUGAAGAAUACGACAGAAAAGCAUUACACCAAAUAGACCAGCUGCUGCAGGAACAGAGGCAUCUGAAAAAGCAGCUGGAGAAACUGGGCAUGGAAAGAAUAAGAAUGGACAGUAUAGGAUCUACUCUUUCUUCAGAGCACUCGGACUCCGACAGAGAAGAGAUUGAUGUGGACGUUGAAAGCACAGACUACCUACCUGCAGACCUAGACUGGAGCAGCAGCAGCCUGAGCGAUUCGGAUGAAAGAGGAAGUCUGCAGAGCGUCUGCAGCGACGAAGGCUAUUCCAGCUCGGGCGUUAAGAGAUUGAAGUCGCAGAACAAUCACAAGCCUUGUCUCGGUCUAUAAGAAGCGACUCCUGUAGCUGUUCGAUCCAUUGCUGUUUCCCUGUUGGAUCUCGUUAGGUAGUAUAUUGGACCGUCCCACGAUUCUCUUGCACGUAAAUCUAAUGUACCACCAACAUUAUUGAAGUCAGCUUUGCCUAAGUCCCAAAACAGUGCAUAGGGUUGUGGGUUACAAGCUACUCUCUGGAGCACACAUCUGAUUGCAUCCACUAGCUUCUCUUCCUGUCAGUAAACUCAUCUCUGAGAGACCGUACAUUCCAACCAAAUUUCGACGCGCCCGAGAAUAUUUGAGCAGUAACAGCGACCUAAAAAAGCCUCUGCUUUUUUUUUUUUUUUUUUUUUUUUGGCUUGCUGUUAGUGCCUGGUAUUCUAGAUCUACUUUAUAUUUGCCUAGCAACAGGACAUAUCCGCUAAUCAGAAAUAGAGCCCGAAGGUAACUUGUUUGGGCGAUGCUCUGAAGGGAGAACCAACCUAAUGUUUAGUUCAGAUCUGGAAAUGGGUGGAGGAAGUCCGAGAACGGCGCGCGGAGCGUUUCGGCCGUGUCACGUCUUUGACGUGCCUGAUGAUUGCACUGUGAAACGCUGGAGCGUUAGUUUGAGGGCUUAUCUCUAAGCAUUCAGGGUAGUAGCGUAACCGUAUAACCUUUGGCCCAGUCCUGCCGUCUUACGGCGGCUCCUCCUGAUUUUUGAAGGCCGCGGCGGGAGGAAUCCCGCGAAGGGCGCUCUUGCGUUAGCAGCCCCGAGAAACGGUGGGAGUUCUGACGACGGCAGGGCUGCGGGGACCGAUCUGGGCAGCUUUUGAGCACCCUCUGCAAGCCGAAAGGCACUUCUCCCUGCAAAACCGGGCCGUAGGACCUUGGCAAGGGAGCUCUUGCUCCCCCUCUCGCAGAGCCUUUGAGAGGACGUCUCCAGUUUUUACACAUCUCAAAAGUUUCCUUGAUACCUAAAACCAAAUGGUACUCUACUUCUCCUGUGCAAUUUAUGACCUCGUGCGUUACAGCUGCAUCUUACUGUUCUAGGCGAGUUUUCCUAGAAGCUUGUUCACGCGUCUUGUCUCUGGGACAAUUUUUUUCUACCUCAGAGAGAUGAACAAAGAUGAUCUCGAUCCCUUUAGCACAAAAAUAAUUAUGCCUCAUUUGUUUUAUAGGAGCGACGCUUGGUCCCGUUCAAAUCUGUUACGUGAAAGUUAGCAAUAACUGAAUGAUGAGGGUGGCUGCGCUACCUUUGGCUGUCAGUGAUUGAAAAGGGCACAUUUUACCGAAUGUUGCUUAGUAGUUAGUUACUACAGUUAUUCAGUAGAGUGUUAGUGGCAUUUAAGCACUUCUUCAGCUGGUUGAGUUAUUUUUUAGGCACUCUGAAAUUGGUUCACUAAGGAUUUUGGUUUUGCCACCUUUGAGAGAGGGAAGAAAGAAAAAAAAAA